ACCAUAGUGGGAACUCACCAGAACCGAAAUGGAAACAACUAACUACUCUUUGAAAUUGCCAGGCAAACCAACCUCAAUUGCCAACGACGCGGCAAACGACUUGCCUCCGUCCUUCAAAAUAUUAACACUACAACAUGUUCUGUUUCGAUCUUUUUGACCCAUAAAAUUAAAAAUUUAUCUUUUUCCUUGUGGCCGCUCAUGAACAUGAGCCUCCCAUGCUUCUUUCUCCACCUUCUUUUUGUUUUCUUCAUUUCUUCUCUUGUUUCUUUCUCUUCUUCUCAAUCCAAUUCUCAGAAUUUUGAAACUUUCUAUCCUUUUCCAGUUCAAUUUCCUUCUCCUGCACCUUCACCUACCAAUCCCAACUCUUCCUUUUUGUCUCCUGGAAAAGUACCGUCUCCACAACCAUCGGCACCACCACCGCAAAUUUCAACGCCUCUGCUUGAACCCAAGGCCUCGCAUACAGCCGUUGCCAAGGCAGUAGCUGUUACUGCGGUGAGCACUUUUGUCAUCGCCGCCUUGCUUUUCUUUUUCAUUCAGAGGUAUGCUGUUGCACAGAGCAGAACAAAGAGAAUAGAUACUAUUUCUGGUGAAGGCCACCCUCCGCCUCCUGUGCUUAAUGAUGAUCAUUUUUCGCAAGUUGAUGGUAGUCUUAAGGAUGUGAUUGUUGAUGAGAAUGGAUUGGAUGUGCUUUAUUGGAGAAAACUUGAAGAGGAAAGCAAGAAUGGAAAUUCUCAGCAAGAAGAAGAAGAUGACGACGAUGAUGAUGAGACGGUUCAAGCAAACUCUGAGCCCAUACAAGAAAUUCCUUUGCUUCGGGGGAAGUCAUCCGUUUUACAGAAUAAUAAAGCUGUACCAGAAAUUGGUAGUCCUGACAGAAUUAUGGCUCCCUACAUUAAUCCUCAAUCUGAGAUGACCAUGAGGGCCAUUGAAAAAUCGAAUUUAACAAGUCAGACAUCAAAUCUUUCUCAUCUCCCUCCACCACCAUCAGCAGGGCCACCUUUGCCUACGCCACCUCCGCCUCCUCCAUUCUCAACAAAGGAAAAUAAAACACCACCGCCACCUCCGCCACCUAAGGCAGUUGUUCUGGCUACGUCUUCAAAAUUACCCCCAGUGGCUAAAGGGAUGGCAAGCAAGGAUAAACCAGGGAAGUCUUCAGCUGGAGAAGGCAGGGAAGGAAACGGGAAUGGCCAGGUAAAACUGAAGCCAUUGCAUUGGGAUAAAGUCAACAAGAAUACUGAUCAUUCCAUGGUGUGGGACAAAAUUGGUGGAGGCUCUUUUAGGUUCGAUGAUGAUCUCAUGGAAGCCCUGUUUGGAUACGUUGCAACCAAUCGAAGAUCCCCCAAGAAAGGGGACACAAGCGAUUUAAAGAAUCAGAAUGGCAGCCCACCAGCGCAAAUUGCCAUUCUUGAUGUCAGGAAAUCCCAGAACAUAGCAAUUGUGCUUAAAUCUCUGGGCAUUUCACGGGAAAAAAUCCUUGAUGGGUUAACUGACGGACAAGGAUUGAAUGGAGAGACUCUUGAAAAGCUUAUGAGAAUUGCCCCAACCAAAGAUGAAGAAUCUCAAAUUCUUGAAUUCGAUGGAGACCCCAGUAGACUUGCAGAUGCUGAGUUUUUCCUUUACCAUCUCUUGAAAGCUGUUCCUUCGGCUUUUACUCGCCUAAAUGCAAUGCUUUUCAGAUUAAAUUAUGAUUCAGAGAUUCUCCAGUUCAAGGAUUCUUUGCAAACACUUGAACUGGGCUGCAACGAACUUCGAAAUAGAGGACUUUUCAUUAAACUUUUAGAAGCAAUCCUGAAGGCUGGUAAUCGCAUGAAUGCAGGGACUUUAAGAGGAAAUGCACAAGCAUUCAAUUUAACUUCUCUUCGAAAGUUAUCCGAUGUAAAAAGCUCCGAUGGAAAAACAACUCUACUUCACUUUAUUGUUGAGGAGGUUGUGCGAUCAGAGGGAAAACGCUGUGUAAUCAACCGCAAUCGAAGCUUGAACCGAAGUUUGAGUAGAAGCAGCAGCAAUAGCAGCAUAAAUUCACAGUCCAGGGAGGAUAGAGAAAAGGAAUAUAUAAUGCUGGGAUUGCCAAUGGUAGGUGGUCUCAGUUCUGAAUUCUCUAAUGCAAAGAAAGCAGCCCAAAUAGAUUAUGAAUCCUUCGCAGGCACUUGCUCAGCCGUCACUGCUCGCAUAGCAGAAGUUAGGCUAAUCGCUUUGCAAUGUGCUGCUAAUGGGGAAGGAGCAUUUGCAAGAGAGAUGAAAGGUUUUACUGAAGCAGCAGAGGAAGAACUAACGGUUUUGAAAGAUAAGCAAAUGAGGAUAAUGGAGCUUGUAAAGAGAACAACAGAAUAUUAUCAAACAGGAGCUUCCAAGAACAAAGAAGCACACCCACUUCAACUAUUUCUCAUAAUUAAUGAGUUUCUAAACAUGGUUGAUCAAGUCUGCAUCGAAAUUGCUCGAAAUCUACAAAAACGGAAAAGAUCCUCUUCAGGUUCGCCAGCAGCAUCACCAAUGCCAGUGAGGUUCCCAAACUUGUCUGAACAUUUCUUGAAGGAAAAAUCCACUAGCACUUCAAGUGAAUCAUAUGCUGAUUUUUGAGCAUAUAUAUAAAUUAUCGAAUGUAUAUAGUUGUCAUACGAAAAAAUCGAGAUGUAAAAAAAAUCAUAGUUGAGUGAUUUUUGAAAUCAUCAAAUUGUUUUCUAAACCUUGACAAGUUUUUAGCAAUUAAAUUCCAAGUUUUAGUUCCAAGA